AUGUCUUUCAAAAUGGCAAUCUAUUUUGGUUGGAUAGUAUUUGAUAUUCGCGGAACUUUCUAUGUACUUAUGGACAAUUAUAUGAAAUCUGAUAAAAUAAAGUAUGUAGGAGUGAACCUGUUAUGGCUUUCUCAAAGCAUUUUUAAAUUUCUGCUCAUUAAUUAUGUGUGCGAAACAGUUAGCACCAAGGCAGAUGCAACAGCAAAUUUAAUAAACAGAUUAUGGUAUUCCACUUGUGAUGUUGAAAUUCGAGAAAUCAUAUCACAAUUUUCAUUACAAAUUGUACAUAUGCCACUUAGAUUCUGCGGAAUAGGACUUUUCCAAUUUGGUUUCAAAUUUCUUCAGAGGUUCAUUAUGUCUAUUGCAACUGUUUUAGUUAUCGUUAUACAAGCGCAAAUAA